AUUUUUGCUUUUCUUUUACCCUGCCCUCUCUCUCUUCACUUGCUUUUUUACACUCUCUCACCUCGCCACCCCUCUAUAAGCUCACUCCUAAGCGUGCUUCACUAGUCAGCAAACCAAAACCUGCCCUAGCUAUUGACUACUUCUCUCUCUGUCUCUCUCUCUCUCGCUGUCUCUCUUUUCCCCUCUCUCUUGCUCUUUCUGCUAAACUGGGUCAUCUUCAGACUAGGAAGCUGUUUGUGCUCAGAAGUCACAAAUGAUGCUCAUACUUCAGAUGGUGAAGUGUGAGCGCUGAUCCCGACUUCUCUGCUUGGUUUCGGGAAGCGGAAAGAAGACAUUUGUUAGGAGUGAGAGAGAAGGCUUGGUUGUGUCCUGCUUGUUUAGCACUAAUUAAUUUGACUAAUUAGCUUCUUCUUCUCCUUCGCCCGCGCAUGUUCUUCCCAUGUUGACCUUCUGAAGUCUGAAGUGAUGAACUGGGGUUUUGUUUGGUUAGCCCUUUUGAAGUGCAAGAUUUUCUAGAAGUCUUGCAAGAAAGCAAAACCCUUUUCAGCUUAAUCAUUGUUAAAACCUCUUCCUUGUCUUUCUUCUCCUGUUUCUUGCUUGCUUGCCCCUUUUUGUCUCCAAACAAACAAACCAAGACCCCAUUAAAUAAAAAGCCAUAAUUAUAGCAAAGACACACACUAGCUAGAGAGAGAAUUUAUGGAGCUUCCAAGUCAAGAUGGGGAUAUCCCAAUCCCCAUAAACAGCAGCUUUGGUGGGGGUCAUGGCGGCCACUUGAUUCAUCAACCACAACAACACGACCCUUCUUCUGCAAUCCCAUCGCACAACAACCACAUCAACCUCCCUCGCAUCCCCUCCAAUGGCCCUCCUCCGCAACCACCACCACCGCCUCCUUUGGAGGAGCCUCAGCCUCAGCACCAGCAUGUGAUGCCCUACAAGAAGGUGGUGGUCAAGUACAAAGAGUGCCUCAAGAACCAUGCAGCCUCCAUCGGAGGGACUGCCAUGGACGGGUGCGGCGAGUUCAUGCCCAGCGGAGAGGAAGGCACCAUUGAAGCCCUCACCUGCUCAGCCUGUAACUGCCACAGGAACUUUCACAGGAAAGAAGUUGAAGGUGGCGGUGAUGAUCAUGACCAUCAAUGGUACAACCAGACCCCACCACACAAUCUGAUGAACAAGCCUGGGAGGAAAUUUAUCCUGGGUCAUCAGAUCCAUUCCAAGAAUGUCAAUGUGCUGGGUGGUCACGAGCCUCCUCCUCAUCAUCAUCAUGGGUUAGUCUACCCUACAGCUGCAGGCACUCUCAUCUCCUCAAGAACACCUCCACCACUCCACCACCAGAUGAUCAUCCCUUACAGCAUUGGGGCCCACUCCCACUCGGGCCCCUCCGAGUCCGAUGAGCAGGAGGAUGGCGGCGGCGGAGGCGGAGCAGCAGCAAUUCGAGCGCCACACCACCAGGCGGUAAAGAAGAGGUUCAGGACAAAGUUCACCCAGGAGCAGAAGGAGAAGAUGUUCAGCUUUGCAGAGAAGGUGGGUUGGAAGAUUCAGAAGCAAGAAGAGUCGGUGGUUCAGCAGUUCUGUCAAGAGAUUGGAGUGAAGAGGAGAGUGCUCAAGGUGUGGAUGCACAACAACAAGCACAACCUUGCCAAGAAGAACCCCUCCAAUAAUGACACACCCGGUUCAUUAAAUUAAAUUAGUCAGAACGAUGAACUCGUUAUGAAUUUGCAUAUACAUAAGUGGGUUUAUUAUAAUGAUCAGUUUGCUGUUACCUUUAUGUUUUUGUUGUGAGCCAGAUUUCUUUGUGUCAGCUAAGAGUCGGAAAUGAUCGCCAUAACUGUUCUUUAUUUUAGAGAGAGUUUGUCUUAUGAAUUCCCCAGGAUCUAAUAGUUAUAAAUGGUGUAGGUUUAUUGAUUA